AUGCUGAACAGCGUCGAGGCGCAAGAUCGAAGAGCUGGACCCGACACACGAUUGCUGCAGGCCAUUGGCCAUCUUUGUCUUCACUUGGAGUGCGAUGCAGCCAAAGUCGCCACUGUCAUGGGGCUCAGCCUCCAGCGACUCACCACAGCUCCCCCGCGCGACCUGGAGGCGGUGGCCGGCAGCAGGCAAACACCGUACAACUUCGCCGGCCUCACCGGCGGUAGACCCGCGCCAGCUGCCGGCAAGGAGCUGAGCUGCCUCGGCAAAUGGCAAAGAUCAGAGAUGUCAUCACUAGGCGGCUCCGGCCGAUACUUUCCAGGACAAGCAGUCCUGGUCUACAGCAACUCAGUCGGAACUUGGGUUCGUGGCACCGUGGCAGAGAUCUUCGAGCAAGCCUGCGUGGCUGAUGGCUACUCCAUGCCCGCGGGGUGCAUCAAGGUGGCCCUGGAGAACGACAGCGUGAAAUACGUUCAGCCCGAGCAGGCGGCCACGGUGCUUCGCCCAGCUUUGGACGAGCCGCGGACGGAGCCGCAGCCGGCGGCGGCGCCGGCGGCGAAAGAGCGAGAGCCGCCUCAGCCGCCUCUCCCUCGGUCCGCUCAGGAUCGCAGCAAUCCUGCACCAACAGGCCGUGCGGACGCGGGCGCUGCACGACUUGAGGCCCGCGAUCGUUGGAACACCUACGAAAUUCGCCUGCAGGAGAUUUUCAUGGAGUACGACAGGGACAACUCGGGAGCACUCGAGGUCGAAGAGUUCCGUGCAUUGCUGCGGGACUUUAACGAAGGCCGUGAGCCCACAGAAGAGGAGCACGCCUUCAUGAUGAAGCUCUCUGACAAGGAUGGCGAUGGCCGCAUCAGCCUGGGGGAGUUGCACUAUGCCCUCCGUGCCUGGCACAGCUAUCGUCACAUGGACGAUUCGCUUCUCCGUCUCUUUGCUGAGUUCGACUUCGACGAGUCGGGACACCUUUCCGUGGCGGAACUGGAACGCUUGCUGACGGCGAUGAAUGGCAACAAGCCAGUCCCCCGGCACGAAGUGUUCCGUGUCAUGCAGGAGGCGGAUACACUCGGUGACCACGUGAUCCACCGCGCGGAGCUUCUGGGAGCCAUCUCCGCCUGGUACGGGAAUGUGGACCGCAAGGACACGGACUUGCCUAGCCUGCUGCGAGAGGCCCUCGCCCGGACCAUUCAGGACGCGGACUACUCAGGAGCUUUGGAUCAAGGACGCAGUGCUUUCGGUGUAGCUGCAUCGAUGGUGAAGGGCUUUGUGGGAUACUCCCAGGUUGACGAUGGUCAGCAACCCCUGGCCGGAGCGUCCUGGCCACCCCCAGCCCAGGGUGCGGGAAGCAGUGGCCCACUCCCGAUGAUGUCAGAUCCGAGCUUGUCGCAGCAGCCCGUGACUUUCCGGAUGGUGAAGGCCAUGCCGCUGCUGCUAAGCUCUUGCAGCAAGUUCUGCUACGUGGGCUUUCCCUUCAUCUUUGGGAUCGUUCUGGUUUUCGCAGGAUGGGAGCAUAGAGAUAGCGUUUGUCCCCGCAACCUGGAUGGUAUCCUGAUGUGGUUUGGUUUUCUUACCUUGGUGUUUAGCGGGCUGGCCUACGUCACAGACCCUAACGCUGUUGUUGGCCGCAUUGCGGUUCUCACCAUCCUCGUGGUCUUGAACCUGGUUGGUUUCCUGUGGACGAGCGACCCAGAGGUCGACAGGAGGAAGGGUGCCUGUGGCUUAUCGCUUGUCUACUUUAGUUACCUUGUCUGGACAACGGUACCAAUUUGCAGCCUAGGCUACUUAGGUUUCCUUGUGGCCACCCAUGUGAAAAAGCUGCAGCGCAAGGAUGAGCACCUUCAGAACGAGGUCAUCCCAGUGGUCUUGUGA